AUGGAUCAGAAGCUUUCACAGUUGGUCGAAGCGCUCACAACUUCGGGAGAAGCUGAACUGAAUGGUGAGAAGAUGAAGGAGCUGAAGAAAAUCUGCAGGUCUUCAGAGGAGGAGCUCCGUCAUGCCUACCACCUGCUGAUGACCCAGCUGACCCAGGAGCACGCCGAGGUCCGCCUGUCCGCCUUCCAGGUGGUGGAGGCACUCUUUACCCGGUCACAUCAGUUCAGGGUGCUGGUCAUUUCCAACUUCCAGGAAUUCUUGGAGCUGACGCUGGGCACUGAUCAUGACCAGCCUCUGCCACCCCCCAGGGAGGUGGCCCAGAAACUGAGGCGAGCAGCCAUCCAGGCUGUCGAGAGGUGGCAUGAGAAGUACGGUGAGGCCUACAAGAAGCUGGCCUUAGGCUAUCACUUCUUACGACACCACAAGCAGGUAGAUUUUCAAGAUGUUGACGCUAGGACCUUGGCAGAGAGAAAAAGAGAAGAGGAGAAGCGGAAACGCUUGGAGAACAUGUACAAGGAACGAGCCACACAGGCUGAGCGGGAACUGGAAGAAAUGUCUGGAGAAAUCCGGUGCUGCCUAACGGAAGUGGAGAGCUGCUUUCGCCUGUUGGUCCCGUUUGACUUCUCCCCAAGUGGGCCUGCUGAGGACAGCCCUCCCUCCUCGAGCCUUGGCCCCCAGGACGAGGAGCAGCCCUGCUGCAGCAAAGACCUGCCUGCCUUCCCGGGGCCUCUGCGAGCCGUUGGCGGUGGGCAGGGGCUGCCAGAGGCAGCCACAGGAGACCUGUCAGGGGAGGAGCACGAGGAGCCGGGGGAGUUUGUCCGGAGCCACGGGCUCGGCUCGCACAAGUACACUCUGGACCUGGAGCUCUGUGCAGAUGACCUGCGGGUACAGGAGAAUGAAGACAACAGCGCCGUCGUCCACAGUGCCCGGGACGCGCUCAAGCUCAUCCAGAGCAAGUUCCUGCCAGCCGUGUGCUCCUGGGUGCAGCUGUUCACCCGGGCGGGGACUCACGGCCAGCGGCUCAAGCAGGCCAUCGACCUCAAGGAGGAACUGGAAGUCACUGUGAGGAAGUACCAGGAGUUGAAUAUCAGGCCUCUGGAAGGGGUGGAGAGGAAGAGGACGGCAGCCCUGGGGGCCGGGGGCGAGGACGAUGAGGACGAGGACGAGUUUGUGGAGGUCCCGGAGAAGGAAGGGUAUGAGCCCCACAUCCCCGACCACCUCCGGGCAGAGUAUGGCCUGGACCCAGCAGCGCCCACCCAGACUCAGGAGAAAGACCCUCCAGGAGGAUCUGCUCGCACUUGGCUUGCGAGGACAAGGGCAAGGAGGGACGAGGAGGUGUGGGACCCCACCUCGGCUGCUGCCCAGCUGCGGCUGCUCCGGGACCAGCUGCCGCCGCCCUCAUCCACCAGCCCCUCCAGGGCACCGCAGGGACCAGACGAGGCCCAGAAGCAAGCAGAGCGAGCUCGGGCCCCCGUGGUCCCCUUCGGGGUCGACCUGUGCUACUGGGGCCAGGAGCAGCCGGCGGCUGGGAGGAUUCUCAAAGCCGACUCUCAGCAUCGCUUCUGGAAGCCCAGGGAGGUGGACGAGGAGGCGGAGAGCGCGGCCGUCUCUGAGAUGCUUCGCAGCCGCCACAUCACGUUCGCAGGGAGCUUCGAGCCGGUGCAGCACCGGUGCCGCGCUCUGCGGCCCGACGGCCGGCUCUGUGAGCGCCAGGACCGGCUGAAGUGCCCUUUCCAUGGGAAGAUCAUCCCCCGAGAUGACAAGGGGCAACCCCUCAACUCAGAGGACAGGUCUCGGGAGCAGAGACAGCAGCUGCAGCGGCAGGCAGAGCACCCAGACUGGCGGGACCCGGAGUUCAUGAGAGAUGUGGAGGCUGCCACGGGGGCAGACCUUGGCUCGUCCCAGUGCAGCAGGAAGGGCAGGAGCAAAGGGAAGAGGAGGAAGUACCCCAAGCUCACUGACCUGAAGCAGCGGGCGGACACGGCCCGGGCUCGCCUCGGGAAGAAGGUCUUUGACAAGGCAGCUGUUCGGAGGGUCGUCACAGCUAUGAAUCAGAUGGACCAGAAGAAGCAUGAGAAGUUUGCAAACCAGUUUAAUUAUGCGCUGCAUUAA